GACCCCCCUCCCCCUCCCAGCUGGGGCGAGAGGGUUGGGGAUGGAGUAGUUCUUGUGACAGAAGAAGAACAUGGUGGGGUCACUGGGUGUGGACGGAGCCUGCCUAUCACGGUGCCUUAGCCUGAGGGCGAGACCGAGCACUCAUCACGUGCGUAGCGGGUGCACCAUUUUGUUUACUGGCCAGUUAACAACGCAAGGUCAGGCUCUGCGCAUGUGCCCGGAGGCCCGGGUAGGUGUAUUCGUCACUACGCAAGGGAAGGGACACGCCGGAAAUACGCAGGCGCGCUAGGGCCGGUGGCGCGGAUUGUGACGGAUGUAAAACAGGUUACAGGCGGUUGGGCCUCCAGUGCGCAGGCGCAACGAUGUUGCUAGGAGAAGAACCGAGGCGCGGAUGGAGAGGCAGGAGUGCGCAAAAGAACAGUAGCACGCAGGCGCGGCAUUAGCCGAGUGUCGCUCUUCGCAGGCGCAGUUGCUUGUAGGUGGUGGCAGUUAGCGCGCUGCGCAGGCGUGUUGGCGACUGGGUGGUGCUUUCCUCUUUCCUUCCCAUCUGAGCGUUCGGAAGGUCUGAGGUGCUGCCGCCAUUUUGUCAGCGUCCCGGUGCCAGCUCGGCUGCGGCCAUGCGUCCCGGAGUGAAGCUGUUCGUGGGGAACGUGCCUGAGGAGGCCACGGCCGAGGAGCUGGGCGAGCUGUUCACGGGCGCGGUGGGCCCGGUGCUCGGCGUGGCCCUCAUGAAGCAGUUCGCUUUCGUGCACCUGCGGGAUGAGGCGGCCGCUGUCCGCGCCAUCGCCCAGCUCAACGGGCACCAGCUGCACGGCCGCCGCAUCGUGGUGGAGCCGUCCCGCCCGCGGCCCACCAACACCUGCAAGAUCUUCGUGGGUAACGUUUCGGCGGCCUGCACCAGUGGAGAGCUGCGGGCGCUCUUCCAGCAGUACGGGCCCGUAGUGGAGUGUGACGUGGUGAAAGACUAUGCAUUUGUUCACAUGGAGAAAGAAGCAGAUGCAAAAGUUGCCAUCGAAAAUCUUAACGGAAAGGAAGUGAAAGGAAGAAGAGUCAAUGUGGAACUCUCUACUAAUGUUCAGAAAAAGGGGGCAGGACAAAAUGCCCAGGCAGGCACCAAUACUGACAAGAGCAAGAGAGCAAGUGUGGACUUUAGAGAGAAAUAUCAACCCAAGAUCGACGGUUACGAGCAGCUUAGGCCUACAGACUCUACAUAUCCAUCAGUCUCUGCAGGAUACGCUGCAUCCUCUCUCUAUGAUUAUCAGCAGCGCUUUGGUGGCACCAACCCUUCCAGCAAAUACAACUCCUUUGACACUCAGACAAGACAAGCAUCCCCCUCAUAUUUUGGAAGGGACAGAAGCCCAAUUCGACGAUCACCAACAAGAAUUGGCUUUGCCACUGUGUCGCUACCCAUGACAGCACAACCAGCAUCCUACAGAGCUCAGCCAUCAACCUCACUGGGUGCAACCUACAGAGCCCAGCCCUCUGCAUCUCUCGGAAUGUCUUACAGACCCCAGCCAACAACGGGACAGGCAGCAUCUUACAGGGCCCAGCCCUCAACCUCACUUGGAAAUACUUACAGAACCCAGUCCUCUGUUUCACUAGGAGCUUCUAAUACCCAGCCUGCAGCCUCAUCACUGAAUUCCUACAGCGCCCAGGCUGCUGCUUACAACACCCAGGCUGCAGCUUCCCAGUUAGCCUCUUAUGGGGUCCAGUCCACAGCAACACUAGCAUCAUCCUAUGGAGCUCAGCCUUCAGCCUCGCAUACAGCCUCUUAUGGUACUCAGCCUGUGGCUGGUUACUCAGCGUCCUAUGGAGCUCAGCCAACAGCCACACAUGCAGCCGCUGCCUAUGCAGCUCAGCCUGCGACUGGUCACACAGCCACUUAUGGAGCACAGCCUGUGGCCACGCAUGCAGCCGCCUAUGGAGCCCAGCCUGCAGCCAGCCACUUGGCUUCUUAUGGAGCCCAGCCUGUGGACAGCCACUCCACUUCUUAUGGAGCCCAGCCUGCAGCUACACUCUCAGCCUCAUAUGGUGCUCAGCCUGUGGCUGGCCAUUCAGCCUCGUAUGGCGCCCAGCCUGCAACUGCUCUCGCAGCCUCGUAUGGCGCCCAGCCUGUGGCCGGUCAUUCAGCCUCGUAUGGCGCCCAGCCUGUGGCCGGCCAUUCAGCCUCGUAUGGUGCCCAGCCUACAGCUGUGCUCUCAGCAACCUAUGGCGCCCAGCCUGCAUCCACUCUGGCUGCAUCUUAUAGCAAUCAGUCUGCAGCAGCUUCCUACAAAUCACAGGUCUCUGCUCCACUGACUACACCCUAUAGAACACAGUCUUCAAACUCAAUGUCAGCUUCAUAUACAGCACAGCAGCCCUCCUCCGUUCCCUUGGCAGUCACUUUCAGAGCUCAGUCUGUGACUGCCUAUGAUGGGCCAACCCAGCUUGGACAACAAGCAACCCCGUAUUUGGGACUGUCUCAGUCUGCUGCUGUUGCUGCCGCCAUCGCACCACCAUAUGAACGCACCCGUCUGUCUCCUCCACGGAGUGCUGGCUAUGAUGAUCCUUUCAAAAAAUCAUCUGCUUUGGCUAAAAGGUACAGUUCUGACCGCCGUUUAUCUGACCUCUCAGAUUACCGUCGUUUAGCAGACUCGCCACUUGUGUACCGUCAUUCGCCGACAAAGUCCCCGCUGGAUUAUCGCCGUCUUCCAGAAGCGCAUUCCGACUAUGCCCGUUAUUCGGGUGCCUAUGGCGAUUAUAUGCAUACUGCUCGGCUACAUUCUAAUUACCAGCGCCGCCUGUAGUGGGGUUGGGGUUCCUGUUCCAGAUGGGGGCAGUAUCAUUGAUUACAUGUUCCCAACACGCUUUCUUAGCAUAAAGCCAAUCUGCGUCUUUACUAGGCUGGCUUCCUCAUUCAGUUCUCUGCAGAUUCUGAGUUACUAAAUUUCCUUCCCUCCCAUGCUAUCUCAGGUGUCAUUACAGCCUGCCGUUUUGGCUCUGUUCCUUCAUGUCACUUGAUUAAAGAAUUAUUUGAGGCGAUAGUAUGAGGCGUCUCUGAGACAUGCUACUACAUCCAACACAAAUAGCAUUCUCCUGGUCUUUACUUUGGGGGAUUUUAUUUUCAGCUGCCUUUUUUGUUGCGUUUUUAGAAUGAUCUGAAUUUAUUAUCUCAAGAAGAACCUGUGCUGCAACCCCAGGAACGAUGUAGACGACUGCUGCACACUGUGUCUUUGAAAGUCGAAGACUCGAGUUCCUUCGUGCUCCAGUAGGGCUAAGAAUGCCAUAGCAUAUCUGGAAUCGGUUUUUGUUUGCGACUCCUGAUGCUAAUGUCUCCAUUAAUAAGACAUAAGCUGCUCCUGCAGGAUUCCUAAUAAAUGCAAUUCACAAUGACUGUUGCUCAGUAUUGUUUUUAUAACCCGAGCAAUUGCUUUCUCUGAAUAGAAGAGCAUAUGCUCUUUUAUGUAACAUGAAAAUCCUUUUUCUUUUUACACCGGUGUUAAGUUUGCAGUAGAUGUGAUGUUCGAAUCUAUACAUCUGAAAUGAGUUAGUUUUUGUAUUGACUGUAAAUAAAAUGUGGGCUAUUUACAGUUUAGAAAGUUGUCUGGUGUAUUUUUUCUUUCAGUUUAAUUGGUUUCAGGGGUAAUGUCCCAUGUUCUUCCUUUUGUCCUAAAGGUAAAUCAAAGGACUUUAAUGAGUGCAUACAUACAGCACCACUGCAAGGCAGCCAGAUCUAGGGAAGAAAUGUGAUAGCCAACUGGUGCACAACAGUAAAGAGCGCUGGAGUAUUGUCUGAGAGCAGGCCAGAUCUCUGUUCUUAAGAUGUGCUGUAAGUUUUAUUGUUGGAUCAUAGGUGUACCCCUUAACAGACAUGUCGGAGGUCCCGGGGAGCUUAUAGUUUAAACAGAAAAUGUGCUUGGGAGAAGAGCAGUGGGUGACUUCAUUUCCUAAAGUGGGUCACCUAUCUCAUCUUAAUUCCCAUUCCAAAGUACCUCUCCCCAGGAGACUGCUUGGUACCAGAUUCAUCUACCUCUGCAGCGUGGAGCUCUCCAUCAGCUCUUCUGGGCAUUUAAACCUGCAAUUUAAAGGUAUUAGGUGUUCGCCAUCUACAUGAUGCCAGAAUUGAACUUCCAGUCCCUGCCCUGAAUUUGUUACAGCAUAAAUUAGAUCAACAUGGAGCCUGAAACUGAUAAAGGACAGGCAUAGAGAAGGAAAGGACAAGGGCUAAGGAAAUGUCUUGCCUUGAGAGAAUGUUCUGAAACUUCUAAGUAAGGCAGAGUAGCUAGGAAGAAGCAAGUGGUCUACAUGUUUAAGGGCAGACUAAAGGAAUGAUUUCUGAAGGACUGAAAAUGGGGAACAGGAAAAGGAUGUGUCUCUGCAUGAAGACUAGCGUGGAAUCCGAGGUGAGGUUAGCAAAAGAGGGGAGAAGAGGUGAACUGUGAGGGCAAGGAUCAAGGAGGAGACCCACUUUCAAGUGGAUUGGGGUGGGAGUGGAUUUGAUGUUAGAAAAGAUCGGACAAGAAUGGUUGUGGCAUGCUGGACUUUAGGGCAUGUUACAUCUGCAAGGAUUAAGGAUAUUCAAAAUCCCAGCUUGCUUCCUGGACUCUUCCUGAUGUUCCAUCUGGCUGCACCUACCACAUAACAUCGUCAUCUACUGAGGUAGAACCUGCUCGCUCCCUCGUGAUGGCGACACCAGUGGGUUUUUUUAUUAGUAGCAAUAAUGUUGCUGCUCUUUCUAGGAGCUCUUUGAAGUGGAGUGAUUUUGAUGGACAUCUUCGUCACAGGCCAGCCAAAGCGAUGACUCAUUAAUUUCCUCCUUUAGGAUGCGAGGCAUUUUAAUUCUUACUCUAGAUUGUGUUCUCUAUUGGUGAGGGCUUCUUUCCCGCUAUAGGUGUCUCCUGCGUGGUAGUCAGGGCCGGCUCCAGGUUUUCUGCCGCCCUAACCGGGGGGGGGGAGCUGCGACAAUGCAAUCGCGCUGCUGCUGAAGACCUGAAUGUGUUGCCCUAAUAGCGGCCAGAGUGCCACCCCUUGGUAUUGGCCACCCCAAGCACCUGCUUCUUUAGCUGGUUCCUGAAGCCGGCCCUGGUGGUAGUGAAUAGUUUACCUUUGUAUCUACUCAGUCCCGUCCUAAACCAAGAGGACUGAUAAUGUGACUUCUCAUCAAGCUUCCUUUGUGUAGUCCAUGAGGUGUAGCCAUCUCACCAGACUGAGAUUCUCUCUCCAAAUUGACAAAUGCAGGAGCUAUCUCAACUUUUUUCUAGAAGAUACAUAUUUUUGUACGUUUGUCAUUUAUAUCUGAUUUUGAAAUUGAUGUGGUAUGCAGUUGCCUUGCCUAUUGGGUGGUUGUUUAGAUUUUGCUUCACUUACUAUAUCCACAAAUAUUUAGCCUUCCAAUAUGUUGAGUGAACCUGUUUAACUUCUUAAAAUGCACUUAAAAAUAAAUGCAGACAGGUAAAUGAUUAAACUUGAGUAGGAAAACAGUUUCAGUUGGAAACUUAGAUUAUGGUUCAAUGAUUUUGUACUUAGAAAAUUUUGAAAUUCUGUAGUUAUUGGAAUUGAAAAUAUAGCUGUGGGUGUGAACUUUUUGCAAUUUUUUUAGUUUUUAGGUAACAUUCUCUGCUCCAUCUCAAAUAUCCAGUCCCUAGUACACUUGCUGUUGUGUAGCUGUUGAACGUCUGGGUUGGAUGUGGAAAUUUAAGUUAAACAUGUUCUAGAUUAGAAGAAUUUUUUUAACUUUAGGUAAUUCAGCUUUGUCACUCAUGCAUGUAGAAAAUGGUGUCUGUCCUUUGGGCAGAAUUUAGUUAGGUUAUGUACAUACCUCUGUUCUGAAUCUCACUCAACUUGUGUUUAAAUGCUUUUUUAUCAAGCCAAAAAUCUUUCUCAACAGUUUUAUAAUCACUUACUAUAUGAGUAAGUAGCUUUGUACUGAUUGUAACUGAUUUUUGUGUUUUUAUGUAACUAGUAACACAUGGUUGACUUUUGAUCUUAUAUGCCAAAGUUUGAGGGUUUUUUCAUUGCUCAUGUUUAUUAAAAUGUCUAGAAUGUUCUUU